AAUCGCGUGCAUCGUCGUUUCAUCACCUUAAAUUAAACCCCGAUAGCGAGCACUCCAAAAACCCUAAACCCUAAGUUCCACAGGCCCUAAAAAAUAACUCAAUAAUGGUUGAUUCUUCUGAUUUAUCAGCGAAAAAGGUUAAGAAGAAGCGAACGCUGAGUAGACAUGAAGAGAAACGGCAAAAACCUUCCAAAAUAAACCGGAUUGGUCAUGAUUCAGCGAAAGAGAAGGACUCGAAGCAAGAAACUGAAGAAGUUGCGAGUCCAUGGAUGAAUUUGCAGCUGAUUUUAUCGAUUCAAAACAGAGAAAUUCAUCUUCAAAAGAAGGUUGAACUAGCUUAUGAUUUUGUGAACUCGAGAGAGAAAGGAGGAGGAAAAGACGCCGAUGUAGAUCGUGAAACGGUGAAAGUAUCACGAGUUGUAGCUUUUCUUAAUGAUUGGGUACAGUCACUUUUGAUUUCUACAGAUAAGAAAAUCGAAGUUGAUGGAGAGGGAGUUAUUGAGGCGUGUUUGGAUUAUAGGUGCUGGGUGAUUUUCAAGUUUUGCUUGGAGGAGUCUUCGAGAUUGCAGGUUUCUUUGAGCUUUUCAAGGAACCUUUUGAGGGCUAUAGGGUGUGUUGCGAGAAAUGUGCUUUCUGUACUGACAGUCCCAUCAGUUCGUUUGAAAGAAUUAUUUUUUACUGGUUCCGGGUUGGAAUUGUACAGUGUUGUGCUUGAUUGUGUUUCUCUGGUAUUUUUAUCUCAUGGUGGCUUGUCGAACGAGAAUUUGGACUUGUGGAUUUUGUCUAUUCUUCCGGUUCUUGAAUUUGUUCGCAAAGUGUAUGGUGAGAAGCUCGAGGGUGGCAAUGUGGGUGUUUUUGCUUUGCGGUUCUCUUGCUUGGUGCUUGAGCCAUUUGCCAAGUUCUUGAGGGUUCAUCCAACAAGGAAAAAUGGAUUUCGUGAUUUUGUGGAUAAACUCCUUGAGCCAUUGUUGCAUUUGUUGGGUGUCUUGCAUCUUCAGAGUGAUGAAAGCAAUCCUGGCUGGACAAGAAACUUGCUAGUUGCUGUUGAAGAGGUUUUAUCACAAGGGUUAUUUCAUCCAACCCACAUUGAUGGAUUUCUGAGCUUACGUGUUGCAGAGAAGUAUUCUGCAUCCAAUGAUGGAGAAAUGAAGGAGUCAAAAACUGUCAUUCAAAGUUACCACAGACAUUUCUUUGAUAAACUUGAAAGAAUUAUUCUUGCCAAGAAGGAAUCUGCUAUGAGUGGCUUAGGAGAACUGUUCUAUUUGCUUGUUGAUCGUGUGAAAAAGCAAAAAGAAACUUUAGUUCUGUCCGAUGGUAUGAAGAUAGUGGAGAGAACUGAAGGUUCAAGACACUUGUCUGGUCAACCAUCUAAAACGUUAUAUGGUAGCAGUAUGUUGAGUGCCGAAAAAAGAAAAUCACUUUUCAAUUUCUUUGUACGGAUUACAGACCCUCUUUUGCUUGAGAUAAAUGGCUACCUUCAAUCUAAAGUGGAAGUACGGCCUAUAUUAUUGGAUGCUCACUGCACAAUCAAAUCUAUUAAUAAUUUACUAGCCUGCUUUUUGCGUGAAAAACUGUACAUAAAAACAGAGGAUAUAUCUGAAGGGGCUUGCCUUAAUUUCUUGAAGAAGGUUUACAGUGCUAUAUUGCCAUUCAUGGCCAAUUUACUUUGUUUGCCAACAGAUAAUGUAGAUUCACGAACACAAGAGACCUUAACUUUAUUAGCAAGGGAGCUACUUGCUGCUGUUGGGCUCCUAUUGGAUAUCGAGUAUGAAGUUAUUGAGAAUGAUUUAACCAGAUUAUGGUUUAUCAUGCUUUCCUGCUUGGCCUUUGGCUAUUCAUUUAAGGAUGCACCAAAUGAAUGCUCGAUGACAUCUCAGAUACUAGGACUUGGAUGUCAGCUGGUCAAGCUUUACAGUGAACUUCGACAGGUAAAAAGUACUAUCUUUGCAAUCUGCAAAGCAACAAGGCUUAUAAUAGUAUAUGACAAAGGUGAUGAUGCUGGGCUGAAUUCUGAUAGUUUGGGAUUCUGCAAAAUUUCUUUACCACAUGCAUCAUAUGCAAAAGCAGUGGAAAUGUUGUUUUGCUCGCAUGAAUUUAAACUAGCCAUUCGUAAUGAUAUAUACUCCAUACCAGAAGGGCAGGCAAGUGAGUGCAUUCAGCACCUAACUGCAGAUCUAUCAGAAUCCAUGGAAUGGAUGAAGACUACUUGCUCAUUGGCAGACGAGGAGGUGUUUGGUGUAUCAAAUGCAAAUUCCAGCAUGCAUGGUUUUGAUCUGCAAGUGGAACUUUUUGGAAGAGGAUUGUGUGAAGUAUAUUCUCUGGUGCUAGAUUCAUUGAAUGUAACAGCUGGGAACAGCAGCAUUGUUGGACGAACUAUGAAAGACUUGAUGGCUGUAAUUCGUCCAUACAUGAGUAUUCUGGUAGGACCGGAGUCAGAAAGUGUCAAUGAGUUCAUCUCUUCUGUGACAGGAAGAACUUCUGAUGUCAGGCUUGCUGGAAACACGCAUAAUAUGCUGAAAUUUGGAGUGUCCACCCACUGGGUCCUUGUGUUCUUUUCUCGCAUGUACAUGUCAUGCCGAAGUUUAUACAGGCAAGCAGUCAGCCUUAUGCCUCCAGAUGUAUCAAGAAAGUUGUCAGCAGUAAUGGGGGAUCCAUUUACAGCAUAUUCUGCAAGGGAUUGGAUGAAUAAAACUGACUGGACAGAUGGGGGUUAUUUUUCUUGGAUUCUCCAACCAUCAGCCUCUCUGCCUGUCAUUAUACAAUCUGUUUCUGAUGUUUAUCUUCAGGGAGAUGUUGCAGAUUGUUGUCCUCUGAUUUACGUAUUGCUUACUAUGGCUCUUCAGAGGCUUGUUGAUUUGAACAGGCAGAUAAAAUCUUUUGAGUACCUGCAGCAAAGCAAUGAUAAUAUCAUUCAAUUUAAGCUGCUUGAUGAUGCUGGCUCAUCACUGUACUCCAAAAGGAGCAGAAAGUGUGGCAAACGCAUUGCUGUUUUUAAGCAGGAGGCAACUGAUCUUACCGAGUUCCUGAUGAGUUACCUCUCCUUAUUAGAUAAUGAACGACUUCCAGUCAACUCUUCUAAUGCUGCAACUUUUGUAGAUACCUGCAACCAAGCUCUACAUGGAAGUGAUAAAUGGGUUUAUGGUGUCAGCUCUGUGAAUGAGAAGUCAUUGCCUGCUGCAAUUUGGUGGAUUAUUUGCCGAAAUAUUGAUAUAUGGUCCCCUCAUGCUAGUAAGAAGAAGUUGAAGAGGUUCAUCAAGCAUGUGAUCCUUACUUCUCUUCCAUAUAUAGCAAAAGGCUGUACACAGGUGGAAAGGCAUCACACAAAUGAAGCCCAUUUCCUCGAUAAAAUUUCUGUGCAUCAAAUCUCAGCAGAACUUCUGGCUGAUUCUGUUCUGUAUGAACAUAAAUUUGUUCGCAGGCAUUUGGCAUCCAGGUUUUGCAAUUUAUUGGAAAAGUCAAUCCUACCACUAUUUGGAGACGUCAAACUGAACAUGUCACCUAAAUGGAAAGAGGGUUUAAGUGCACUUGAGAACUCAUAUUUUGUUUUAGGCAGAAAAUCCUCUACAUGUGAUGAGUUGACAGGGGAUAAACCAGCCUCCCAUUUAUUGUCUGAGAUGACUGCAGAUAUUUCCAGAGAAUCAACUGCUGUGAAAUUUGCAGCUUGUCAAAGUUUGCUUAGGCUCUUAUGCUGGAUGCCGAAAGGAUAUAUCAAUUCAAAAUCAUUCUCACUUUAUGCUACUAGCACACUCAACCUUGAAAGGCUUGUGAUCGGCCACCUGUUAGAAUGUGGGGAUUCAUUCUUCUCACAUAAGCAGUAUGAGCUUUUAAGGUUGCUGGUGGCCUGCCGGAGGGCUCUGAAAUGUCUACUUAUGGCAUAUUGUGAGGAGAAAGUUAGAACUACUCAUUCCGCACUCAUUCCUGUUCUGUUUGAGGAUGUACAUUCUGUAUUAUGGCUUUCCAGAUCAGUGUCUGUGGUGUUCAGGCUUCAAGAGACACUGUCAGAAGAUAAAGCUUGUGAAGUUGCAGAUAUGAUCUUUUCAUUGAUGGAUCACACAUCAUAUGUGUUCCUGACACUAAGCAAAUAUCAAUGUCCUUCUGCUGUCUCCAUAAUUGCUGAAAAACCUCAUACAGAGCAACUCAAUUCUGAUGCUACCCAGGAACAGAGCAGUGUAAAUGAGUCUCCGCCAUGUUUGGAUACCUCGAACGACGUUGAAAGCUGUAAAAGUAUUCUCCUCAUUGCUGAAAGUUUGAAGGAACAGGCACAGGACUUAAUUAUUUCUUUGAAAGAUGCUCAUUGCAAUGAGAAAUCAAGUGAUGAAAUCGAUGUUGACUGGAACAAAUUAUCUUCAAUGGUCUCUUGCUUCAGUGGGUUCAUGUGGGGCCUAGCAUCGGCAUUGGACCACUCCAAUGCAACAGGUGGUGAUUACAAGGUGAAGCUGUUGAGAUGGAAAUGUGAAGUCAUCUCAAAAAUUAGUCAUUGUAUAAACGCAUUUGCUGAUUUUAUUUGUUUUUCUUUCCACAUGCUGUUUGUCAAGGAUGAUCUCCAACCUAAUCAUUUAUCUGCUACUGGAAAUUUUGUAAAGUCUGAUGAUAGAGACAGUUCACUGGUUUCAGGUGACGCUUGGAAAGUCACUGUGAAUAAACAUUGUUCAUGGUCAGAAAACGUUACCUCUAUUGCUGGUAUUCUAAGUAAGCUUGACUCAUAUGAAUGCCUACCGUUAAAUAAGGAGUGGUUGCAAAGUUUUCUUGAAGGUGAUCAUCCUAAAGCGGCAGUAUUAAUCAGGCAGCUAUUAAUUGCGGCUUCAGCUAUUGUGAAGCUCAAUUUGGAGACUAAAUGCACUCCUUUGUUGUCUAGUUUGGUGCCAAGUUUUACUGGCAUAUCUCAAGUCUUGCUCUUGAAGUUAGCAGAUGGUACAGAGGUACCAAAACCAUUCUCUUUUGUUUGGUUAGAUGGUGUUCUGAAAUAUCUGCAAGAGCUAGGGAGUCAUUUUCCCAUAACUAAUCCUACCUCGACUAGAAACGUGUUUUCAAAGCUAUUAGAGUUACACUUGAAGGCUUUGGGAAAAUGCAUAUCUUUACAGGGGAAAGAAGCUACUCUAACUUCUCAUGAUAAAGAAUUGAGCACUAAUACACUCCACAGUCAUAUAGGAUCAGCUUCUCUUUCUCAUCCAUACUAUUUAGAUGAAUUUAAAGCAAGGUUGAGGAUGUCAUUCAGAAGUUUGAUAAGAAAACCAUCAGAGUUGCAUCUUUUGUCUGCAAUACAGGCUAUAGAGAGAGCACUGGUAGGAGUGUACGAAGGCUGCCCAAUAAUUUAUGAGAUUACUACUGGGAAUGUAGAUGGUCGAAAGGUUUCUUCAACUGUUGCAGCUGGCAUUGAUUGCUUGGAUCUGGUUCUGGAAUAUGUUUCAGGUCGUAAACGUUUAAAUAUUGUUAAAAGGAACAUCCAGAGUUUAGUUGCUGCCUUGUUCAACAUAAUUCUGCACGUGCAAAGUCCAUUAAUUUUCUAUCGGACAGUGAUGGAUAGUGAAAGGUAUAAUGGACCAGAUCCAGGAGCAGUCAUUCUUAUGUGUGUUGAGGUGCUAACAAGAGUUUCUGGAAAACAUGCUUUAUUUCAAAUGGAUUCCUGGCAUGUAGCACAGUCUUUACAUAUACCAGCGGCACUUUUUCAAGAUUUUGAUCAACUGAGAAUUUCUCAAGGUCCAGCUUUAUCUAAUUCUUUGUUUAACUCGGGCAGUCAAGAUUCUAAUACUUUGGGAGGCAGGGAUACCCUUGUUGUAGAUAUACAAUUCUCCAUGGAGUUAUAUACUGCAUGCUGCCGGUUACUGUACACGAUUUUGAAGCAUCACAAAAGUGAGUCAGAAAGGUGCAUUUCUUUACUUCAAGAAUCUGAGCGUGUUCUUCUUCAUUGUUUGGAGAUGGUGGAUGUUGAUUUAUCAGUCAAAAAAGGUUAUUUUUCAUUGGGAGUUCAUGAGGGGGUAAAAUGCGCUUGUUCUUUCCGGAGGAUUUAUGAGGAGUUAAGGCAGCAAAAAGAUGUCUUCGGCCAGCAUUGUUUCAAGUUUUUAUCCAAUUACAUUUGGGUCUAUUCAGGAUAUGGCCCGCUUAAAACUGGCAUCAGAAGGGAGAUAGAUGAAGCUCUGAGACCUGGUGUGUAUGCUUUAAUAGAUUCCUGCUCAGCAGAUGAUCUUCAAUAUCUGCAUUCUGUAUUUGGGGAGGGUCCUUGCAGAAACACAUUGGCUACUUUGCAGCAUGAUUACAAACUGAAUUUCCAAUAUGAAGGAAAAGUUUGAUUUGAUUAAUCUUAGGGUGAAUAAAUAUCCCAGUUAUCAAAUUUCAUUCAGCAACUCUUCAAAUCAUGGUGAGAAAAUUACCGUGACAUGUUAUCCUCCAGUUCCAAAGAGCAGUUUAGGAUCGUAAUCAUUUUUGGAAGCCAGACACCAUGUGCUAGUGGCCAUAAAAAACGAUGUUGCCCAUAUGUAGUGUUGGGGCCUUCAUGUGAUCCAAUGUCACGGGCUGCAGUGAAGGAUGAGUUUUUCAUUCAGCCCUCACAAGUGCUAUUGACUGGCUCCUAAAUUUUUGUAGCUUUAGGUAUAUCUGAAGAAAACUCCAAUUUUGUCCAGGGUUGUGGUGAGUCCUGAGUGUUAGUUCUUCAAUGAUAUUUCUCUUGGUUGUAUUUUUUUUCUAUGUGAAUAUCCACUUCUUCAUGCAGAUGUUAGAGAACAAAAGCACCCGUGUUAUUGUUUCCAUUAAUUGUCUGUCGAUUACAUGCCUUAUGGUGAAAGAAGAAACAUGCAUCGUUUUUAGCAGUAGUUGUAUAGUCAUCGAUUUGGCUGGCUUUUGUAUCAGCCAUUCCCUGC